AGCUGCCUCUCUUCCUCCUCUUCUUCUUUCCUCUUAUAGUUGUCUAGAAUUCCUAGAUAUCAUCCCUAGGGAGCUCGAAUCGAGGCGAUUGCACCUCCCGUCAUGGCGACCGACCGAAUCCCAACCCGAGAACGCCGGCCCUCUGUUGGUGCUCCGAUCGUGGACAUCCAGGGUUCGGUGGUCCCCGCAGGCAUCUCGCGGCCGAAACACAAACGCACCUUUACUGGUUUCGGUGCCGGAGAGAUCAAAAGCGUUGAAGCUUCCAUCCCUGAACCGCAGCGUGAGGCCUGGUUGAAACAUCAGGUAAGCGGCUUCCAAGACAAGGAUGGCUUCGAGCGCGAAGUGGUCCGCCACGUCGAGACCACUUUGGCUCGCAGCAUGUUCAAUUGCGACGAGUCGGCGGCGUACGCGGCUUGCAGCUUAGCCUUCCGGGACCGUUUGAUCCUCGAGUGGAACCGCACGCAACAGCGCCAGACGUUUGCCGACAGCAAGCGUGUAUACUACCUGAGCUUAGAGUUCCUCAUGGGCAGAGCUCUCGACAAUGCUAUGCUGAACAUUGGCCAAAAGGACACGGCAAAAGCAGGCCUUGCCGAUCUUGGUUUCCGGAUUGAGGACGUUAUUGAGCAGGAGCACGAUGCCGCCCUGGGUAACGGCGGCCUGGGCCGUCUAGCCGCUUGCUUUCUCGACAGUCUUGCCAGCCUGAACUACCCGGCCUGGGGAUACGGCUUGCGGUAUCGCUAUGGCAUCUUCAAGCAGGAGAUCAUCGAUGGCUACCAGGUCGAAGUACCUGACUACUGGCUCGACUUUAACCCCUGGGAAUUCCCCAGACACGAUGUCACUGUGGAUAUCCAAUUCUAUGGCCACGUCCGCAAAUCAAUCGAUGCCUCAGGCAAGACCAUUGCUCACUGGGAAGGCGGCGAGAUGGUCAAGGCUGUCGCCUUCGACGUGCCCAUUCCAGGAUAUGGUACGCCAUCCACCAACAACCUGAGGCUGUGGUCCAGCAAGGCGGCGAGCGGGGAGUUUGAUUUCCAAAAAUUCAACAGCGGAGACUAUGAGAGUUCGGUGGCGGACCAGCAGCGCGCUGAAACCAUCAGCGCUGUGCUCUACCCGAACGAUAACCUAGAUCGGGGAAAGGAGCUUCGACUGAAGCAACAGUAUUUCUGGGUCGCCGCCUCUCUGUACGAUAUUGUCCGCCGCUUCAAGAAAUCAAAGCGGCCCUGGAAAGAGUUUCCCGACCAAGUGGCUAUCCAGCUAAACGACACUCACCCGACGCUGGCGAUCGUUGAGCUUCAGCGGAUCUUGAUUGAUCUCGAGGGCCUUGAAUGGGAUGAGGCGUGGAACAUUGUGACCAACACCUUCGGCUACACCAACCAUACCGUACUCCCAGAAGCCCUCGAGAAGUGGUCUGUCCCACUGAUUCAGCAUCUGCUUCCGCGGCACCUUCAGAUCAUCUACGACAUCAACCUCUUCUUCCUGCAAAGCGUGGAGCGCGCGUUCCCGAACGACCGAGAUCUCUUGCGGCGCGUCUCAAUCAUUGAGGAGUCGCAGCCGAAAAUGGUUCGCAUGGCUUUCCUGGCCAUUGUUGGCUCCCACAAGGUGAACGGUGUCGCUGAGCUGCACUCUGACCUCAUCAAGACAACCAUUUUCAAAGACUUUGUCGAGAUCUUCGGCCCCGACAAGUUCACCAACGUGACCAAUGGCAUUACGCCGCGGCGCUGGCUCCACCAAGCCAACCCUCGCCUGUCCGAGUUGAUUGCGAGCAAGACGGGCGGCAAGGACUUCUUAACUGACUUGACGGUUCUCAAUAAGCUUGAACUUUAUGUCGACGAUCCGGAGUUCCGCAAAGAGUGGGCCGAGAUCAAGCACGCGAACAAGGUGCGACUCGCCAAGCACAUUGAGGCUACCACUGGGGUCAAGGUCAACCCAUCUGCGCUUUUCGACAUACAGGUUAAACGCAUACACGAGUAUAAGCGCCAACAAAUGAACAUCUUUGGUGCUAUUCAUCGCUAUCUCACCCUCAAGGCCAUGACUCCCGAGGAACGGCAGAAGCAGCAGCCAAGGGUUUCUAUCUUUGGCGGCAAGGCUGCUCCUGGCUACUGGAUGGCCAAGCAGAUUAUUCACUUGAUCAACAGCGUGGGCUCUGUAGUCAAUAACGACAAGGAUAUCGGUGACCUUCUCAAGGUGGUGUUCAUCGAGGACUACAACGUGAGCAAGGCCGAAAUCAUUAUCCCGGCUUCGGACAUUAGCGAGCACAUCUCGACCGCUGGCACCGAGGCGUCUGGAACCAGCAACAUGAAGUUUGUACUCAACGGCGGGCUGAUCAUUGGGACUUGCGACGGCGCCAACAUCGAAAUCACACGCGAAAUCGGCGAGAACAAUAUCUUCCUCUUCGGCAACCUGGCCGAGGAUGUUGAAGACCUGCGGCACGCGCACACGUACGGGUCACACACCGUCGACCCGGACCUUGCCCGCGUGUUUGAAGAGAUCGAGAAGGGCACAUUUGGUAACCCCCAGGACUUUGCGGGCAUGAUCUCGGCAGUGCGCGAGCAUGGCGACUACUACCUCGUGUCGGACGACUUCCACAGCUAUCUGGAGACGCAUGCGCUCGUCGACGAGGCGUACCGCAACCAGGAGGAGUGGAUCACCAAGUGCAUCACCAGCGUGGCACGUAUGGGCUUCUUCAGCUCGGACCGGUGCAUCAAUGAAUACGCGGAGGGGAUCUGGAACAUUGAGCCGCUGAAGGUGGACUAACCUGCCCAUGCUGAUGCAUCGUAAGUGCGAGCUCGGGUUCACUGGAGGGACGGGCCGCCGCUAGCUUGGGCUGUUCUGCUCGUUAGGCGUCGUUGGAUUAUUGAGUCGAUGGAUAGCAGGGCCAGGAGAAUGAUAAUAAUGCAUUGUCUCUUGCAACAUGUACAAGUUCACUGCCAGCCACAGUAAUCAUUGGGCGUGAGCGUCUUGCAGAGACCUGGGGUAACUAAGGUACCUAAGAUUGAGCAGGGCCAGCGAGGUUGCAGGGCUAUCUUCCGCACUAGCAUCGAGAACAGCAACCGCUUAGACAAGGCCGCUGCCGAUACUAUCAGCACAUCCAACAGAAGGAUAACGUUAAGAGGCGAAGGGGAAAAAUGCUGUCAUCGCAAUAAGACAAAACAGGGUAUUCUGAAUAAGACGUUAGUUUCGCAGUUGUAUACCCG